UCUUUUCCACGCAAUCUCCUCUCUCAACUAACUCCGUAAUUGCAGACUCCAAAUUUGUAGGGACAUCACGACAUCAGUGAUUCAGAUAGGUAUAUAUGUAGCAUUUAAACCUAAAUCAGACAAUCAAAGUAUAGAGAUGAGGGAAAAUCCACCAUAUCCUGAUACCUACUUAAGUACAUAACUUGUGCGGGGCAAACUAGUGAACUCGAAGCGGAAAGUCUCAGUAAUGCUGUGCCCGGAGGUAUGGAAUUUCAAGGCACCGGGGCACCGGAUCGAGCUGCACGCCGGCAAAGACAACGUGAUUAUCGGCAACAACCUGAAGGUGGACGAUGUCACCAGUGAUGAUGUUAAGGACGCAAUCAAGCGACCGUCCGACACCAUCAGCUCGCAUUACUUCAAUCACUCGGUGUCCGUGACGUUUCCUAACACAUCCAACAUUCCGGAAAGCUUUAACCAAAUUAUUUUAGAAGACAGCGAUUACUAUAGAGUUGAUGGUCUAAGUGCCGUUGAUCUGAUAAACAAGGAGUUUAUCGAAGCUUUUGUGAAAAAAGGUGAGCUGAAUCUUUUGACUAUCGGACGACGAGUGGACGUCGACGACUUGGUUGCCGUACUUCCAACCGGCCACUUGUUACUCAGUCUAGUGCGCGCCAGUUACCAGAGCCUCGGGAUCGAGGGAAAACCAUCGUACUUUGAGCGCAGAGAGCCUUCUCGCUACGUCGUGAGAAUCGAUUUGAAAGACGAAAAAUUAACCCCUGGAAAGAAGUACUAUGAAAGGAUCCAAAACAGUCUGGAUAGGUUGCACAAGCUUAAGUUUGACGUGAUACUAGCAUGGGAUCCACCAGAGGAGAGAGUAUGUCCAUCUUCGGUAGCUGCAUGGCUAGAGAAGCGUAGCUAUGCUGUGUCGGUUUGCCGUCAACGAGCGAACAAACGCAUUCAAUUGACGGCCAAUUACAUUCCAAUGCUCGAAGAUGGAUGCAACUACGACGAGUUUUUUGAAUGGCUCGGGCUUUUCAGUAUUGACGGAAAUUUAACGAACAAUGGCCAGGAGGCGGAGUAUGUGAGCUCGUACCAGUGUCCAAAGCCCAGAGAAGUAGUUGGUCAGAUCAGUUAUUUGCAGUGUACGGGUUUUUUUACACGGCGCAAGCUCCUUAAGAUUCACGAGCUGUUUCGUGAAUACGCUUCAGCGAGAGGUGAGACUCUCCCCUGGUGCAGCUUAGAUGUGCAAGGUUUUGCCGACAGUCCGGUCAGUUGGGGCAUGAAGGAGCACAGCUACUAUAUGGACGGUGACAACAGUUAUACGAUCGUUCUGAAUCCUGCUAAGGGUAGCUAUGUUUUAAGGCGGUGUACAAGCUCGAAUCGCAAGCCAAAAAUCAAGCAAUGAUAAUUUAACAGCUUAUUUUAUUGAUUCUUUUUUUUCUAAAAUCAUUGUGCUUAACUUUUUUCAAAAUUUUUUAUUUUAUUUUUUUUUACUGUUGUCCAAAAGUUAGUACUUUUCAUUUGUAUAAUAUUGUGUACAUAAUUACAUGAUACAAAAACAUACGGAAAAAAAGCUGUAUAUGCAUAACAAUUUGGAUAAUCGCCAAAUCAACCAUCUAUUUUAUCUCUGUGGCUGUGUUAAAUAAUAAAUAACAAUAAAAAAAAAGAUUUUUUCAAUACUCUUUGAAAA